AUGUUAGUCGUCGCUUUCCAUGUAUUUUUUCUCAGUGCUGCCUUUGCAUUACACUCGAUCACGAUUCAAAACCAUAUUGGUCCUGGAAUCCCGUAUCAGUCCCUCGCUGUAGAUUGGUUAGCAUGUAUUAUUGCUUGCGAAGAAGACUCAGAAUGCGUCUCUUAUAACUACCUUCCUGCCUCCAACGGUGGGAAUUCUUGUGAGCUCAGCCCUUGCGGCAUUGAACACUUCGAGAGUGAGAAAGGUCUGGUAUUUUCACCUGCUGCUGUGUUUCACCAGAUUCGUCAAUACAAGGAUUCACGGCAUUGCCAUAAGCCAAAGAACACGGAGGAUGCAGUUGACUUGAAGUGCAAAUUGCGCAAUUUUCCCUGCUGCACAAAUGCACAUUGUGUGACGUCAUUUGACCUAACACAUGCUGCUUGUGAGUGCAACGUUGGUUUUCAAGGGAAUCCACAAACAGGGUGUCAGGAUAUCGACGAAUGCACAGAGCGCCGUAAUUCAUGCCGUGCAGGAACUACAUGCAAAAACACCAUCGGCUCCUACACCUGUGAAUGUCCAACCGGUCGCUAUGACAACGGACAGAUUUGCUCUCGUUGCCUUGAAGGUUGGAAAAUCUACCAAGCUAACCACUUUUGCUAUAAGUUUGUGAGUGAGGAGCGACCAUGGACGGAUGCAAGCCGUUAUUGCCAAAACAUUGGAGGAAAUCUGACCUCGAUACACAGUGCAAAAGAGAACGACUUUGUUUCUGGUUUAGGGGAAGGAAACGCCUACUGGAUCGGCCUCAACGAUCUCAAGAACGAAAAGGCGUUUGUGUGGAGUGAUGGAACAUCGGUAGACUUCACACAAUGGGCUUUUAAAAAACCAAGUGACAAUGGCAAAGAUAAGGAUUGUACUUACCUUUUUAAUCAGUCCAAGACUUGGAUCGACUUUUCCGUUGCCAACAGUUACCCCUUUGUGUGCCGAUACCCCUUAGAGCCGGCAUGAAUUAAACCUUAUCUUGCAUCUACAAUAUCAUGAGUCUGAGUAAUUAUGUUUAUUUAGACAGUCUUAUUGGUCGAUAUAAAUCAUCUUGUCUCUGGUGUUCCUACUAGUUUAUCCGGGGCCCGUAGACGAACUGUGCGGAAGCGUGGAAUCUGGGACGUCACAACUAUUACAAGCCACAGGAAACCCGAUCAGUAUGCUAGGGACAUUACAUUCCGACCAAUCACACAGUCAGGACCACGACACCAUCCCCAGCAUUCCUUUUGCACUCAAAUCCGACGAAUAUCGCUCCAUAGUAGAGUAUACUGCAAGAUUCAUGAGUAGGCCCACCAUAUGUUAGAGAGAAAGCUGCCGUAUAUACCGAACCAACACGGAGCUCACCUUAAUUGUUUGAAUGAAUAUAGUUAAAAUUGCUCCCGAGCUUCGUGGUGUUGUUGAUUGAGUAGUUCGUAAUCUGUCUUUUGUCUACUUUUGCAUAGGACUACUGACUAUUGGCUGGAUUACCUCGUUGUUCUAUUGGCUGGAUUACCUCGUUGUUCUAUUGUAUUUUCGUUCUAUUGUUUUUUUGUUUGUUUUGUUUUUUUUGUCUGUGGUGCAUCAAUCCAAUGUAGUGAAAGCUUCUGAUUAGCUUCUACAUGACCCUUACGAGCGGGCUUCUACACUUCUGAGCAAAAUCAACUGAAAUUGAAAGCGUAAACAAAAGCUACUUUUAAUAGCUUCAUCCAUAACUUGUCAAUCUGAUUAGUUGUGAUCAGAAUGGUGUAGGCGAGGUCAUCGCUUGUUUCUGAGGAGUUAAUAUUGUGGUACUAUUAGGAAUCAUGUAUAGGAAACCGAAUAAAGAAAGUAUCCAUCUUUAUAAUAUCCACAUUUAAAAAUCCACAUUUAAGAUAUCCACAUUUAAAAAUGUUCAUCAUACACAAUUGUUCUGUAAAAUAUACUGAUGCAGUCAAUGGUAAAACAUAAGCAUUCCAAGCAAAAAUAAAAGCACGCUAGGAAAGAU